UAUGAGAAGCUCCCCACCAUCCCGGGUCGCCGUGGGCUCGUCCUGCUGGCGGCAAGCUCUGUCUCCAUCCCCAACCGAGCAACGGUACAUCCUGAAAGAGCUUGUGGAACGCAACUACUUCGACUUUGCGCUUGGCUUUUUAUCGAAGAGCUUUGCUGCCCGGCAGGUUAGCCUCCCAUUGCUGGCCUUCAUUAAGGCCGUAUUUGUGGAGAACACCAAGCCGGAGAAGGCUGUGAUCGCUGCGUUCACCAGUGAUGCGGCAUUUCUCAAGCACGUGGGUGUGCACUUUACGUGGCGGGAAGAAACGGGCAAUGUUCAACAGCUCGUCUACAUGCAAAGUCGUCCAGAGCUUCCGUGGGGGGUGCCUUUCUAUUGCCCCAAUCCACACUGUACGGGCACACAAUCAGACGUCAAUCCACGGAUGAAGAAGACAGAACCUCAGUAUCUGUUGUCGUGCAAGGCAUGUCGCAUGAAGACGGUUGGGUACAUCAAGCAUCCACCAUGGAUUUCUGUAAUCAACAAGUUUGUAUAUUGCCAUCCAGCGACGAUUGAUGGCGUGGAGGCUGCUCGUUCCCUUAUUGGUCGUGUGCCGAUGGAGGAGAUGUGAUGGGAGUCUUUUUCUACCACUGGCUUUCGUGUGCCAGUGUUAUACCUAAUGUUCACAUAAACCUACACGUGGGGUCUGCAUUGCAAUGGAAAGUUCUGCACCAACGGU